UUAUUUUUUGCAAAUUUCUUUUCAACCCUACAGACACAGAGUAAAAAACAAAACCCAAACCCAUUUUCGUUUUCCAUCGAUUUCACGAAAUCCCAUCAUUCUGUGCGUUUGUUUGAUAUUUCUUUGAACGAAUCUUGAUUUUCUUGGCUUAGAGAAGAGAAGGUGAGGGAGAGACUAUGGCUUCAAAAACAGUGGCUAAAGAUAUCAUCACUCUUCGUGGUUCAGCGGCGAUUGUCAGCGAGUUUUUUGGGUAUGCUGCGAAUAGUAUUCUUUACAAUCGCGGAGUUUAUCCGGAAGAAAGUUUUGUGAAGGUGAAGAAAUAUGGGCUUCCUAUGUUGCUUACUCAGGAUGAGGGUGUUAAAUCCUUCAUUGCCAACCUAAACUCUCAGCUUUCUGAAUGGCUGGAAGCUGGACAGUUGCAAAGGAUUGUUCUUGUGAUAAUGAGUAAGGCUACCAAUGAGGUCCUAGAGAGGUGGAACUUUACCAUUGAGACUGAUAGCGAGGUCGUUGAGAAGGGUGUGUCUAGAGAAAAGAGUGACAAGGAAAUCAUGAGAGAGAUACAAGCUAUCAUGCGACAGAUUGCUUCGAGCAUUACCUACUUGCCAUGCCUCGACGAAGCCUGUGUCUUUGAUGUGUUGGCCUACACUGACAAAGAUGUUGCAGUCCCAUUCACUUGGAUCGAGAGUGACCCCAAACUUAUUGCUAAUCCACAGAUGGUCAAAUUGCAUUCCUUUGAUACCAAGAUUCACAAGAUUGACACUCUUGUGUCAUACAAGAAUGACGAAUGGGAUGAGCAGUAGAGAGAAGGCUGCUUUUUUACAUGAGCAGUAGAGAGAAGGCCACAGAUGGUCAAAUUGCAUUUGUUUCUUUUUUACCUCUUUGUGUGGUUCCUUCUUCGCUUGAGAGCGUGGUCAUUGUGAAUCUUUUAUUCACAUUUUGUAGUGGCUGAUGAAAACAUGGAGUGAAGAAGAAAUAUGAGUGUCUUGAAUUGAAUUGUAAUCUGUUCCCCAUUGUGAUAUAUAUAAGUAAAUCCGUUUUGCACUUUAA